GUGCAGGAGGCUGAAGUUCAGAGAGUGAAACAGCCUGACGUCCUGCUACCAAGGAGACACAUACACACAUAUGCACAGUGCCAGAAGCAGAUCUCCUACACUUGCCAUAAAAGGCCAGCGUGGCGACAGGCAAAGUGCAGGGGCUGUAAAGCAGGGAGUGAGCGUUACGGACACUCCGUCGCCAUCUGUUCAAUCCUGCAACACCUCUCCAUUCAGCUCCUCUCUCCCUAGGUAGGUCACGGAUUUUGAAGCUGGCAUCAUGCCGCCAAUCGAAGUAAAGACCGAAGUCCCAAAAGUCCUCAAUAAAACCACACCAGGACUGCAGAUAUGGAGAGUGGAGAACAUGGAACUGGUGGCCUGUCCACCUAAAACAUAUGGACAGUUUUAUGAGGGAGACAGCUAUAUAGUACUAUAUACACAAAAGAUCAGCAGCUCCUUCACUUAUGACAUCCAUUUCUGGCUGGGCAAUUCGACCUCCGUAGAUGAGCAGGGGGCUGCAGCCAUAUAUACCACCAUGAUGGACGAGCACCUUGGGGGUGUGGCAGUGCAACAUCGGGAGACCCAGGGCUAUGAGAGCCCCACCUUCCAGGGAUACUUCAAAAAUGGCAUCAUUUACAAGAAAGGCGGUGUAGCUUCGGGGAUGAAACAAGUGGAAACCAACACAUAUAAUGUCCGCAGACUGCUGCACGUCAAGGGCAAGAAGCACGUGGUUGCAGGAGAGGUUGAUAUGAGCUGGAACAGCUUCAAUAAGGGCGAUGUGUUCCUGUUGGACCUGGGGAACCUAAUCAUUCAGUGGAACGGUCCUAAGAGCAGUUACACAGAGAGACUAAAGGGCAUGAACUUGGCAAAGGAUAUCCGUGACCGAGAGAGAGGGGGUCGAGCACAGGUAACAAUAGUGGAGGGAGAUGAUGAGGAAUCUUCUAAAGAGGCAAUGAAUCUGAUGAAACAGGCCUUGGGAGAAAGAAGGGAAAUUAAAGACUCCAUUCCUGAUGAGGUGGUUGAUGAGAAACUGAAGUCUAGCAUCAAACUUUUUCAUGUUUCAGAUUCCUCAGGCAGCCUGGUGGUGCAGGAAGUGGCAGUGAAGCCACUAGCACAAGAUUUGCUCAAUCCAGAGGACUGCUUUUUGCUGGACCAAGGUGGAAUCCGAAUCUUUAUCUGGAAGGGUAGGAAGUCAUCAAAGAGAGAGAGGACAGAAUCACUGAACAUGGCUGAAGCUUACAAAAAGGCUAAAGGCUAUCCUCCAUCCGUUUAUGUGGAGACAGUGAACGAUGGCUCGGAGUCCUCAGUCUUCAAGCAACUUUUCUCGAAAUGGACAGUGAAGGGUCAAACAGUUGGGCUGGGCACCACACACAGCGCAGGCAAAAUAGCCAAAGUUGAGCAAAUAAAGUUUGAUGUCAAUUCGAUGCACGCCAGGCCUGACAUAGCAGCCCAACAGAAAAUGGUGGAUGAUGGUUCUGGAGAAGCAGAGACAUGGAGGAUAGAGAACAGUGAGCUAGUCCCUGUGGACAGGAAAUGGCUGGGGCACUUUUAUGGCAGUGACUGCUACCUCAUCCUCUAUACGUAUCAAGUCAGCGGCAAAAUGCACUACAUUUUGUACAUGUGGCAGGGCCGUCAUGCAAGCACAUCAGAGCUGGCAGCUUGUGCAUAUCAGGCAGUCAUUCUGGACCAGAAGUAUAAUGGAGAAGCAAUGCAGGUUCGAGUGCCUAUGGGAAAGGAACCCCUGCAUCUCAUGGCCAUUUUCAAGGGCAAGAUGGUGAUUUAUGAGGAAGGGAGUUCCAAAGAGGACUCCACGUAUGUUCAGCCAGCAGUGAGACUAUUCCACGUUCAAGGCUCAAAUGAGUUCAACACACGUGCUAUUGAGGUGGUUCCCCGCUCCUCAUCACUCAAUUCCAACGACGUCUUCGUGCUAAGUACUGCCACCUGUUGUUACCUGUGGUAUGGAAAGGGCUGCAGUGGGGAUGAGAGAGAGAUGGGUAAAUCACUGGCUGACAUCAUCUCUAAGAGGGAGAAGCAGGUCAUAGCAGAGGGUCAGGAACCUGCUGACUUUUGGGUGAAUCUGGGGGGAAAGUCCCAGUAUGCCAGUGGAAAGAGACUGCAUGAGGACAACAGCCAGAUUACCCCUCGCAUGUUCGAGUGCUCAAAUAAGACAGGAAGAUUUGUUGCGACUGAGAUUUCAAACUUUAACCAGGAUGACCUGGACGAAAACGACGUCAUGCUGCUGGACAUCUGGGACCAGGUGUUCUUGUGGAUCGGCAGAGGAGCCAAUGACACAGAGAAGAAGGAAGCCGUGGUCACUGCACAAGAGUACCUGAAAACCCACCCUGCCGGCCGAGACCCAGACACUCCCAUCCUAGUGGUCAAGCAAGGGUUUGAGCCGCCCACUUUCACCGGCUGGUUCCAUGCCUGGGACCCUCACAUGUGGAGUGGUGGAAAGUCCUACCAGGAGCUGAAGUCAGAACUUGGAGAUGCAACUGACAUCAUUAAGAUUACAGUGGAUUUGACCAAGCCUAGCUCUCAGACUAAUAACUCGAGCAACUCCGUGGGAUUGCUGCCCUCUACUACCAAUCUACCAAUCUACCCAGCGGAGGAUCUGGUAAACCGCCUGGCAGAGGAUCUGCCAAAAGGGGUUGAUCCUGCCAAAAAAGAGGAGUAUCUCUCAGAGGAAGAGUUCAAUCUAGUGUUGGGUAUUUCGCGUCUGGAAUUCUACUCCAUGCCUUUGUGGAAACAGCAGAACCUGAAGAAAGAUAAGGGCCUGUUUUAAGAGAGAGAGGUUUGUCUCUCACAAUGAGUCUUCAUUGGAAUCACUCAUCAAUACGAACGUCUGAGUGACGGGCUUAGUGCAUUGAGAUUACACAAUAGAUGUCUGUGCCUAAUGUGUGAUUUUAGAUCUGUUUGUUUACAUUUAAAUAUUUUAAGUAUCGUACAGGCACAUAAAUAACAUCAGUACAAUUAAGAGAACCUUAGUUUUCAGAAUAAUUUUACUUUAAAUAAAUGAUAUAAACAUCAUCAGUGAAUUAAAUGGAAGUACUAUAUAUUAAUACCUUUUAAUAGCCAGGAACAGGACAAACUGUGUUAAGGCAAAAGGCAGCUUGUUCACUGUACUGUCUUUUUUUUGUUUUUACAUGUUUUUACACUGAACAUGCGAUUGCCAAUUUCACUUCAGACCCUUAAGGAGUUUGUAACUAUGCUGUUGAAAUAUUUGCUACAAAUGACUAGUACGAGUAACAUUAAUAUGACACUAAUAUCUGCCAAUAAUAUCUGAGGCUGACAGUCAGCAUUAACUGUUGUUCAGUGUAUAUAAACUACCGUCCACUUACCAUAAAGUUGCUAAUAAAUGAAUGUGUCCUCAUUUCAA